AUGACAUCGCAUGCAGCGAAUCAACAACCCCUGGCGCCCAACGGCGGCCCUUCUUCCGGCAUGCAAGCGCCUCCGGAGCAACCCCAGCCGGAUACACAGCCGGACAUGCAGAGCAGUCAUAUGCUAAAGACAGGCAGGCGAGGGAAUCCGUUCUGCAAGGAUACGCACGACCUUUUCGCGACGUUGAUGGUCUCGCUCGAGCUCAAGAACAACUCUCGCUUCUUCAAGACGUAUCCAAAUUCGUUCACAACAGACGACGCGGCCGCCAAUCUUGCGUCUCUGCGGUUUUCGCAGAGCAAUCGCACGACAGAUCCCAAUGACGCCUCCCGAAUCGUGACGACAACAACCACGACGACAUUCACAAUGUCAAGGGAGAUUGCGAAAGGGAUGUGCCAGCAUUUCAUGGACGCUCGCCUGAUUCAGAACGCCGUCGAUGCCGAGCUGAGCGCGUUCAAGGAGCGUGGCAUCUACCAGAUCACACCGAAAGGGCUGCACAUCCUGGAGCGAUUCAUCACAAAGAAUGGCAUAUCCGCGGAUGGGCUCGUCCACGUCUUCACAAGUCAGCCCAUCUGUAUGAAGCUACUCCACCUUGAGCGACGCCAGAGCGACGACGAGAUCCAUGUGUCGCGCGUGAUUGUGGAAGCAGUCUUCAGGCGCUUCUCCGGUGGUCGACAUCCAAAUUAUAUGAUAGAUCAGCUUGACCCAAGUAGACCGCCGAACAGCACCAAAAGCUGGACAGAGACCACCAAGCAGCAACAAGAGUUGUUCGAUCGGUCGGGCGGCGUGGAGUUCCAAGACUUGACUGAGAAGUUCACCUCUGGCGAUAGAGUUGUCGUCAAGCACGUCUUCAAUUCCGUCGACGCGGUAGAAUGGCUCGGCGACUUUACCACAGUGUGCUGCCGAGAGGAGGCCGCGGACCUGCUUGCUCAUUUUGUUCGAUAUGGCUACAUAAGCCUGUUCAGCGAUAAGUCCAAAUCAACAGAUCGCGUCAUGCUGACCGAAGUGCUUGCUAAUCCUGGCACUGCGAACCAUCAGCGAGCGCAAUUCAAAUGGGGCGUCAAAGUCUUCUACAGAGUCACAGAUGAGGGCAAAGCAGUCGCUGCAGGCAGUGUGACUACUCUGGCCGCUGCUCGCCCUGCCAUGCCACGAGACCCGAGCCACGAGAAAGCGCCCGAGCAACCACUACGAGGCGCACUGCCGCUGAAUACUGAUAAAGCCAACGACAAAGCAGUCUAUGGCAAUACCGCGCUCACCGAAGCGCUCGACAGUCAGCUCAUCAGCGGCAACCUCAUCGACCUCUUCCGCGGCGACGCAUCUGAACCAGUGACAAAUUGGGCGAAAGAGCCGCAUUCUUCCACCGCGCGGCUAACCGCGAUAUUAGAACAACCUGCCCUUAGAGCCCUCUUCAGGGACUAUCUACGGAGCUCGUAUUGCGAGGAGAACCUAGGCUUCUGGCUAGACGUUGCCGAUUUCAGAAGAAGGUUUUCCACAACAUCUUCUGCUAUCGGCGGCAGACCAGGCGUCAAGGCGGAAAAGAGCACCAGCAAUGUCACUGCUUCGUCCGCGAUGGAAGUGCACCAGCAAGCACUCGUUAGUGCGGCAAUGAACAUCUAUGACACCUAUCUCGCGCCUGCUUCGCCAAGCGAGCUGAACAUAGAUCACAAUCUGCGCGGCGACGUCGUCACGUUCGUCCAGAAGAUUCAACAAGAUAGCGGAGCACCCAAGCGUCAUAGCGACGCUACAGAUGCGACAGCGGAUGGUAACAAUGCCACUUCUGACUUGCCAGGCGUCGCAUUGCGGGCAAGUCAAGUCCAGACGCUUCUGCGUCACUAUGAAAGGAUACAAGGCCACAUCUUCCGCCUUCUCGCAACGGACCAGGUGCCAAAGUUCAUCCGGACGCCCAAGUUCCUAGAGAUCUUGGCAGCAUCCGACGCGCAAAGGGGUGGAAGCCAGGUGGCAUGA